GUUGGAAUUCAGAAAGAAAUGUGACUUUCUGAUAAUAACUAUUGCUUGUGUGACUCAAACCCGGAAUAGAGAUACAAAAUGUCACCAUUAAGUGUUUUGAAGUCAACCCCUGGUGGGACAUGCUCUACUUUCCUUCUCCGCGUCAAUUUGGUGUUAUUUCCAUCUAACAGUUUUACUUAAGAAACAAUCAAUUGUACAAUUAAUAAAUAUUGAGAAUAUAAUAAUUGUUUUUGUUGUGGAAAGUCAGUGCUAUGUGUUCCUUUCAUUGAUUUCUUCCUGUGUAUGAAUGUGAUCUUCAGAGAAAUUAAAAGUCUUUAUUUGUUGUUAUGUGUUUUACUGAAUCAAAUUCAAAUGCAAAACCCCACCUGUUAAGUAACAGAUUAGUAUAUAAAUUCUUGCAAACCUUUCAACUUUGUGAUCAUUCAUUCUACUCACUAUCCUCCUUCUUCUUCUUCGUUUUCGCGUGCAAAUAUGGAUCUUCGAGAGUCAAUCACCAGCCAGACUGAUGUUUCUUUCAUGCUUGCUAAGCAUGUUUUCUCCAACGCGGUUAAAGGCGAUACCAACCUGGUGCUCUCUCCUCUUUCAAUUCAAAUAGUUCUUGGCCUUAUUGCUGCUGGCUCUAAUGGACCUACUCAGAAUCAGCUACUCUCUUUCCUCAAGUCCAGUUCCAUUGAUGAACUCAACUCUCUUUAUUCACAUAUUUCCAGUUUCGUCUUUGCUGAUGGCAGCCCCAAUGGAGGUCCGCGAUUGUCCGUUGCUAAUGGUAUUUGGAUCGAUCAAACGCUGCCUUUAAGGCCUUCUUUCAAACAGGUUGUGGAUAAUGUUUACAAGGCUGCUUCAGAAUAUGUUGAUUUUCAAAACAAGGCUGCUGAAGUUGUCGAUCAAGUCAAUCAGUGGACUAAAAUGAAGACAAAUGGUCUCAUCGAAGAGAUUCUUGAUCGUGAUGCAGUGGACAACAUGACGAGGCUGAUCUUGGCCAAUGCACUAUAUUUCAAAGGUGAAUGGAAUGAGAAGUUCGAUGCUUCAGAAACAAAAGACCAUGAGUUCCAUCUCCUCGAUGCAUUGCCUAUUCGAGUACCCUUCAUGACUAGCAAGAAGAAGCAGUACAUAGCAGGAUUUAAUGGCUUUAAAGUGUUGAAGUUUCCUUAUAAACAGGGCACAGAUACACGUUGCUUCUCAAUGUAUUUCAUUCUCCCAGAUGCACAUGAUGGAUUGCCCGCUUUAUUUGAUAAAAUUAGUACAGAACCUGGAUUCUUAACUCACCACGUUCCAUUUAGAAAAGUCAGGGUGGGCAAGUUUCUUAUUCCUAAAUUCAAAAUAACCUUCGAGUUUGAAGCUUCCGACAUUCUAAAGGGACUUGGGCUAACAUUACCUUUCUGUGGUGGUGGUCUCACUGAGAUGGUUGAUUCCACUUUACCUGAGAAUCCAUCUGUUUCAAAAGUUUUUCACAAGUCUUUCAUUGAGAUAAAUGAGGAAGGCACCGAAGCUGCAGCUGUUACAGCUGGUGUAAUAAUGACCACGUCUCUUAGAAUUGAGAAAGAAAUCGACUUUGUUGCUGACCAUCCAUUCCUGUUCCUUAUAAGAGACGACGCUACUGGUGUUGUGUUGUUCAUAGGGAGCGUGCUGAAUCCUCUUUCUGGUUAAUAAGACCAUAUAGCAUGAUUAUAUACAACUUUGUAAAGAAGGACAGUUCACAGUUUCCUCUCUUGUGUUUCUGUUUGAUGAGAGAUGCUAUGUAUCUAAAUAACCAGUUUCCAGAUUUGUGUAUUAUUUUGAUGAGAUCUUCUACUGUCUUUUGCACCUUAUAUAAUUGACUCUUCUAUGGUUAA